AUGGCGAACACCGGUGCUGACUCGAAGCCGACUACUCUACGUGUCAUAGUUGGCGGACUACCUCGGACUGGGACGACAUCCAUGACCAAAGCACUUGAAAUUCUUCUAGAAGGUCCCGUGUUCGAUGGGGGAUCCGCUUCCUUCACCGGCAAUGCCGCUAUGCAACGACGACUGCUGGAGCUCGCGGAGCACUGCCCGAUGAAGACUUUGGUCGAUCGCACCUUUGUCCAGUAUCGCCUUGCCGAAUUGACCGAAGGCUGUGUAGCAAGUUCGGACCAACCCGGCUGUUACUUCCUCGAGGAGCUGCUGCAGCUGUAUCCAGAUGCAAAGGUUAUAUGCACUGUGCGAGAGCGAGAAUCCUGGUGGGCGAGCUAUUCGACACUGUGGCAGGGCAUUCACGACCUGUACCCUUGGUCCUGGCUCUCCCCCAGUCUGAGGCGCUUCUGCGUCUUCUCCUACGAGUUCUGGAGACGCGUGCCGCAAGCUGUUGGCAUGCCCCCAUGUGAACCUUGGCCCAUGGCCAACCAAGAGAAACUUUACGACGCGCAUGCCGAGUACGUUCGCGGUGUGGUGCCGCCGAAUCAGCUCUUCUUCUUCAACGUCCGGGAUGGGUGGGAGCCGCUGUGCAAGAUUCUGAAUGUCCCCGUCCCGAAUGAGCCUUUUCCGCACCUCUUCCCAAGAUCAUGGCUGGAGAAGGGCACGGUUGCUUUGGUUGCACGACUGAAGAGACGUCUCGCAAUCUUUUUGGGAUUGAUGGGGUUGUUGAUUGUAGUUUCACGCUAUGCUGGCAAGAACUACCUACACACAAUACCUCAUUAG